CUACCUUAACGGCCGUUCCUUCAGUCUUACAUCGUACGGCAACGUGGUAAGAUACAGUUGUUUAAUAUUGGUAUCUAAUAUCUAUGUCUGGCAUUCAAAACUUGGUAAUGAACUAAAAUUAAGUUGUUAGUUGUACCUGAAUCGCUAUUUGUGUAUGUAGAUACCUGAUAAUAAAACUUGAGAUGCUACUGUGUUUGAAACUGCUACUAAGUAGCAGUUUAAUAUUCGUCGCUGCAACUGCUUUCUUCUCUGAUCAUGAUGAUGAGCCCUUCAGCACCCACCAAUAUGAGGAACGAGCUAACGGUGAAGAUUUUUCUACGACGAUCAAAGAUGAUUCAAAGCCAAGAAGGCAAUGCAGCAGUAACCAGAUUAUAGAAGAGGAUUCUGAUAAGCAUGACUUUUAUCGUUUAUUUAACUACCAUAAACAAGUGGUGCCGUUUCAUUAUGAUCUUGAGCUGAUAAUAACUGAAGAGAAAUUGUUCACCUUCGUUAAUGGCACAUCGAAAAUCAAACUUGAGAUUUUUGAGCCAGCGCAAACCAUAGCCUUCCACUACUUCAGACCACUACAUAUAACAAUGAAACUCUUUGACAAACACGACGAGAUCUGUAUCGAUGGAUAUAGCUAUCACAGUUCGUUAAGUGUAGUCAAGAUGUAUUUUAAUCCUGCAAUACCACGUGGACGUUAUACCCUGGAAGUCGAAUUCUCAACUCCUUUGGCUGAAUCAGGAAGCAUUGAGGAAGUGAGAUACGGAGACUAUAAAGCUCAGACGCAGUCAGUCGCGAUUUCAUAUCUGCAGCCGUUGGCUCAACGAUUGUUUCCAUGUUUCGACGAGCCGAGCUUCAAGAGCACUUUUAACAUUACUAUAACCAAGCACUAUAGGAAUUAUAUUGUAUCGAAUCUGCCAGCGAUUGAGGACAGACCAUGCGGAUCUCUUUGGAUGGAAAAAUCAGAAUUUUAUACAACUCCCGCAAUUCCUGUUCAUCGCCUGGCAUUACUGAUUUCGACAGGGAGUUUCGUUUUUUCUCGGGGUUUGAGAAGUAUAUUUUGGUUCAGAGUUAUGGUAAGGCAGGCGCUAAAAUACACCGAAACGAUGAUCGACACGAUCACAGCACAAUAUGAUUGGGACAAAACCCACGACAUUGCCAUAAAUCAUGUUGUAUUGCCGGCGCCGUACGACUACGAUAGCAGAUACGAAUAUCUAGGAUUCUGUACUUACAUGGAGACGGACCUUAUCUACCGUAAAUAUAUAGAUUCUGAUAUGCAGAAAUUAGUGGUAGCUCGUGCCAUAGGACAUGCAGUGGCAGAUCAAUGGUUUACUAAUGUGCUCCCCCCAUCUUGGUGGUCUUCUCUGUGGAUAAACAAAGGAAUAACUCAAUUCCACUCACUGGGUAUUCUCAAUAAGACCUUCCCAGAAUGGCGAAUGAUGGAUUUGUUCGUAGUCCAAACACAACAUGAAUCUCUCCACCUGGAUACCGAAAAUAUUAUGAAACCUCUUUCAAGUAAUAUCACGACUCGGUCUCAAAUAACAUCGCUGUUUUCUUUUCCCUUUUUCAUGAAAGCACCCGUUAUAAUGCGCAUGUUGUCACAUAUACUUCCUGACAAGAGAUACAAAAAGUACAUCGAUACACUUUUAGAUAACGCACAGCAGAUAGGCACUCUGAGUUCAACUUCUUUCUGGGGUUUCUUGGAAUAUAACUUAAAUGCCAACAAAAUAAAUAUCGGCCUGCCAGUUGGCAAGGACAUUAAUCUCCUAAAAAUAAUGGAACCCUGGACAGAGCAAAAGCAUUAUCCUUUGGUCGACGUAGAACGAAAUUAUGAAACUGGUCAGAUAAAAAUUUCUCAACGCCGUUUCCAAGGAGAAGGUGAUGGUGGUGCUUGGUGGAUACCAAUUACUAUUGUUAAACAGACGGAUGCAAAUUUUGUGAAUACUAAACCUUUUAUUUGGUUAAAUCCAUCAAAUAAGGAAGAAACAAUAAAUUCUAGCAAGGAAAAUGGUUGGAUUAUACUCAAUCCUCAACAAAGUGGAUAUUAUCGUGUCAAUUAUGAUAGUCGUAAUUGGAUGUUAAUUGCCGAGUAUCUAAAUUCGAACAACUAUAAGAAUAUACACGUUCUUAAUCGUGCCCAACUUAUCGAUGAUGCGUAUCAUCUUUUGGUGACCAACCAACUCGAUUAUAAAAUAUUCUUCAGACUCACGGAAUACCUAUCACAAGAUGUAGAUUAUGUAGCAUGGUAUCCUAUGUUCAAAAUUUUUGAAUAUUUUUCGGGAUAUUUACCACAUGAAGAAAGUGCACUCCUAAAGGACCACAUGUUAAAGAUCUUAACUGGACUUCUUGAGAACAUAGGAUAUGAACCAAAAAAUGGUGACAAAAGCCAUCAAGAUGAUGAGAGCGAUCUUACUAAAGGUUUAAGACAAGAAGCCAUAAAAUGGGCUUGUAAUUUUGGAGGCACUGUGUGUUUAGAAAAGGCAUACGAUAAGUUGCGAGAACAUGUGAAAGAGCGCACCUGGGAUCGCUUCCGACAGUAUUCACUGGUUAAUGGUUUGGGUGACUGGAUGUAUCGCAAAGGUUUAAUAACAGCAGACUUUGAUACUUGGAACAAGACAAUAGCUCAUCUAGAAAAUCAACAAACAAAAUGGGAUCAAAGCAACGAAAUGUAUUCUUACUCAAAACAUCCUGCCACCAUUAGCGAAACUUUGAAGAUAAUGUUUGCCGACAAUGUGAAAAGAAUGAAAGAAAGAACCUUUAUGGAAAAGAUUUAUGAUAAACCCAUAAAACCCUUAGCCGUCGUUGCUUCUGUCUUAGCAAAUCGUGGAAAAGAUAUGUUGCACGAUAUAUUAGAACAGUUGAAAGGCCAGAGUGAACAUCUCAUGACUAAACUAUUAGCGGUUACCAUUCAUCACUUGUACAGUGUUAAUCAACUCGCCACGCUAAAUACAUUUGCCGCAUCUAAUUUAAAGGAUAAAACAGCAAUUGCGAAUGUUCAACACUUGAUAGGAGUACGAUUCUCGCAAAUAUCGAAUCGCAUGGCUAAGUUCAGAAAGUGGUUUAAUCUAAAGGAAAUCACAAUAACAAAAGAUAUACCAAUGACAAAGGGAGUACCAAAGAGCAUAUCUAAAGCAACAUCUAAACCAACAUUGGCACGAGGAGAGGCUAAAUUGACUUCCAAGAGAGUAUUACGCAAGAUUCUUGCACGCAAUAUUCUAGAUAAUGUAAAACCCUUGCAUUAUGAUAUCAAACUAAGAAUACCGAAACUUAUCGAAGAAAAUUUUACUUUCGACGGCGAAUGUGAUGUAAAGAUUCUAAUUCAUCGGGCAACGCAAGAGAUAGGUUUGCACUCACUGGAACAGAAAAUACAUAAGGCAUCUUUAACUCGUGUCAAACAUGUCGGUUCUAAUAAGAAGGACCAGAUACAAGUCUAUCAUUGCAGAAAAUUUGCGCACGAUUUUCGAGAUCAAAUUUUGAUUCUUAAUUUCGAAGUUACGUUACCGCCUGGAAACUAUAUCUUAAACGUGAAAUUUGUGAGUUCUCUUAACGGUAACGGAAAUGGAAAUGGCGUUGGCACAUCUUUAUUUAAGAAUGGGAAUGGAAAUGGAAAUGGAUAUGGAUAUGGAAAUGAGAAUGGAAAUGGAAAUGGAAAUAGAAAUCGAAUAUGGUUAUUCACAACACAUUCUCAGCCGAUUCGAGCCCGGCAAGUGUUUCCAUGCUGGGAUAAGCCAACGUCAAAGAGCACGUUUAACAUUUUCAUAAACCACGAUCCAAACUACAGACCUCUGUCGAACAUGCCGAUAUGCAAUGUGCACAAGGAAAACGGAACAGUGUGGACACGUUUCGAUACCACUCCUGUAAUGACUACCUAUCAGAUGGCAAUGGCGAUCACGACGAAAGAUCUGUAUCGCAUCUCCAAUUUACAAAGGAGCAUGAAUAUGUGGGGCAGAGUGCUCGUGGUACCACAACUGCUGUAUGCGUACACCGUUGUUGAAACGGUGAUGAAGGAUCUGACUGAGUACACAGGCAACGUGAGAAUUCCGAAAAUGGAUCACCUCAUAAUUCCGGAGAUACAAGAAGAAACCAUUGGCAAUUGGGGACUCAACAUUUAUAGGGAAACAGCUGUCAUAUACGAUGAACAACUAGAUACCCCUGCACAGAAAGUAGAGGCGGCACGCUUAAUAUCACGUUCGAUAGCACAUCAGUUGCUUAACAAUGUGACCAACCCAUCUUGGUGGUCGUAUCCAUGGUUGAACGAAGGUCUUCCCACGUUUCUUGCAACGUACACUAUUGACAAGACUUCAUUAUGUCCCCGAGCGAUGGAAUUGUUUGUAGUCCAACUACAACAUGAAGCUCUUCAUAUGGACGUUGAUUAUAAUUUGCAGCCCCUCUCAUUAGGAAAUUUAUCUGAUGUUCAAUCACUUUUCUCUUUUCUUUUUUAUGUUAAAGCGCCGGCCAUAGCGCGCAUGUUGCAACAUAUCAUUAUCAAUACACUAUUUGUUCGAAGCGAUGUCUACGCAAGUUUCGGGAUCAGGCAACUUAAGGUACUAACUCCCUACGACAUAUGCGACGCUAUAGAAGCUGCUCUAAGUGAAAUAAAUGCCAGACAUAGCGAUUAUACAUUAAAAGAUGUUAUGAAUACCUGGACAAACCAGAGCAAUUAUCCUGUGUUAAAUGUAACAAGAGAUUAUAGUAAUGGCCAUGUCACGAUAUCGCAAGAAAGUAUCUCGCCCAAUCACAGAAAGCAGUGGUGGAUACCUAUAACUUAUGCCACACGAGCGAAACCGUAUUUUUCAAACGUUUUGUCCAUUCAUUGGCUGCAGCCGCACGAACCAAGUAUAACGAUUAAUGGAAUUGGUGAUAAGAAAGGAUGGGUCAUAGUCAAUUUGCAACAAAUUGGAUAUUAUCGUGUCAAUUACGAUCGUGAGAAUUGGAUAUUAAUCUCGAACUACUUAAACUCUAAGGAAUAUAAAAACAUACACGUUCUCAAUCGUGCUCAAAUCAUCGAUGACGCGUAUCAUUUACUCGUGGCAAAUCGACUUGAUUCCGAACUGUUUUUGGACCUCAUCGAGUAUCUAUCGCAAGAGACUGAUUAUAUAGCCUGGUAUCCUAUGAUCAAAAUUUGUGAAUAUUUAUCGAGCUACAUACCAUACAAAGAAAGUGAACCUCUAAAGAAUCAUAUGGUGAAAAUCUUGAGAGGACUUGUUGCGAGAAUAGGAUAUGAGGAGUAUCCCAAAGAAAACGACUUCAUCAAAUGCUUGAGGCAGGAAGCUGUAAAAUGGGCAUGCACUUUAGGAGAUAUUAGCUGCAUGAUGAUGGCCAGGCACAGAUUAGAGGAACAUCUCAUAGCUCCUUCAGGAAACAAAGUUCCUCCGGGUUGGAAACAUUGGACAUGUUGUAAAGGUCUGAUGACAGCGAAGGACCAAAUUUGGCGCAAAGCAUGGGAUAUAUUAUAUACUGGAAACUCUAAUAACAAAUUUUUGGAACUGCUUUCUUGUACGGAAAGUUCCACGAUUAUCGAAGACGCUCUGGGCAUAAUGCUAUCAAAAAAUGUCACAAUACCAAAUAAUAAGCGCAUUAAUAUUCUUUAUUCUCUUAUUGCGACACAUGCAGAGAAGAAUGUAGAAAUCAUAUUAAAGCAGUUAAGGAAAUACAACAUACGCGAAGUUACUAAAACAUUCAGUGUUAUUAUUAAUCAUGUGUAUUCCGAAAAUCAACUUAGCAAGAUAACUAAAUUUAUGGAAAACCAUAUGAGAAGUGGAAAAGAAACGCAGAAUAUUCGGCAUAUGAUACAACGACGUCUAAUUCAAACCAAACACUACGUGAACAUGUUUUCACAAGUAUUUAAAUGAAUUAAUUGCAUUAAUAUGAAAUAAUAAUUGCAAUGCACAAGUGUAUAAUUGUGAUAAAUUUUUGUAUAUUUACAUGAAAAAAUUAUAUAUAUAAUUUAUUUGCUUCUAGCUAAUAUCUUAAGCAUUUUUAAUAUUUAUAUAUUAAAUGUAUCUAAAAUAUUUUGUAUUAAUUUUAUAUUAUCUCGUUUUCUAACAUAAUGUAAUGGCAAAAUGUUAUUGCGAUUAAAUACUAUUUACGUAUAACAAAAAUUUGUGAUAUUUAUAUUCUUGAUUUAAUAUAAAAUAAAUAGUAUUAUUGUA